GUGAGCACGGCUCACUUCAAAAUAAAAUAAAAAGCUGAGCACGGCCCGAUUCUAAAAGAAAAGCUAAUCACGGGCCAUUCUGUCCAGAAAAAAGAAAAGGUGAGUACGGCCCAUCACUGGGCCAUCAUCUUGAAUUUUUCGGUCCACUGUCCGUACCACUUUCACCCCUAGCCCAGUUAUGCCCACUAAGCCGAUCAGGUGAGCACGGCUCCUCUCCCAUCAUCUCAUUUCGGUCCUCUCAAAAAAAAAAAAUCUGAUUUCGGAAUUCGCUCCAAAAAAAAACUGAUUUCGGAAUUUUGAAGUGGCAAUACCACCAUCUCGAAGAAAUGUUUCUGCCGAUCCAUUCGCCCCUCUGAAACCCUAUCAGACGCAUCUUUCCUCCAUGGGUUUUCUUGGGAAACUUCGAGAAGAUCGCGCCCUGUGUCACCCUAAACCCGUGCGGGCGACAAGCGCAGGCCAUCUGUUCGACAAAAUGCGGAAGACAACAACAAAGGGCUGGGUGAUGCGCCGGAGAACGGCGGCCGUCCGCUGGGUGCCGCGCCGCCGCCGCGCGGGCGGCGGGGUCGACCGCCUCAGCGCCCUCCCGGACGCGCUGCUCCACCUCAUCAUGUCCUCCCUCAAGGCGUGGGAGGUGGUGCGCACCUGCGUCCUCUCGCGCCGCUGGCGCGACCUCUGGGCUUCCGCGCCCUGCGUCGACAUCCGCGUGUUCUACUCUGGCCGCGACGGCGCGCCGCCGAGGGAGCUCCGCGGCUUCGUGUACCGCCUCUUCCUCUUGCGCGACCCGUCGGCGCCGGUGCACACGCUGCGCCUGCAGUCCAACGACGAGGAUGACUCCUUCUGCGAUGGUGAUGCUGACACGUGGAUCAAGACUGCCAUCAAAAGCAAUGCCCGAGUUAUCCGUCUGGAUGGACGUCGCGGUGACUUUGCUUCGUUGGACCACACGGCCUUCGUUUUUUCUUCCCAUCUCAAGAUUCUGAAGCUGUCCUAUGUUGUGCUUGAUGACAGGAUCCUCAGGCAGCUUUCUUAUGGGUGCACAUCUUUGUAGUAGCUGGAUCUUAAGGAUUGCUUGGUCACGGGCCAUGAGUUUUCUUCUGCCUCUUUGAAGGCUUUAACCAUGUCCAAAUGCAAGAUCGUCGUGGACUUCUCCAUCGAUGCUCCAAACCUUGUGCUUCUGCGCCUCAUCAUACCGUACAUUCGAAUUCCAACGUUUAAGAAUUUGGGGUCACUGGUCACAGGCACUAUUGUACUUGUUGACUCUUGCUUGGGUGAUGACUUUCAAGGACUCAGUGAUGCUGAUCAUUCGGGUGAAACAGAUGAUGUUGAUGACGAUAGUGAUACAAGUGAGAACUAUAACAUGGGAUAUGGACAUGCCUACAUAGGUGAUUAUAGUUAUGGCACCAACGGAACCUACAAGUACAGUGAGAUUAUAAGUGAUUGUGAUGAUGAAAAGUAUGGUUACCAUGGUGACGGUCAUAAUUGCAGUAAAGAUGGCAACUAUUGUGACUAUGGUGCAACUGCAAACUAUGGACGCAAUGAGAGUAAAAGUUUAGAUGUCAAUAGUGUUCUUCAGAGCCUUCGGAAUGCUAGAACUUUGGAGCUGUUGAGUUAUUCUGGAGAGGUGCUUCUGAACAGAGAUUUUAAAAGCUGUCCAACUUUUAGCAACCUGAAGACCAUGUCCCUGGGUGAAUGGUGUAUUGCUGCUGACUUUGAUGCAUUAGUUCUCUUGCUACAACAUUCACCUAAUCUGGAGAGACUUUUUCUUGAACUCAUACUGAACUUGAACAUCAGAAAGGCAUUGGAAAGAGGUCUCAAACUGAAGGAAAGAUCAUUUGCUUGCAAACACCUUCGAAUGGUGGAGAUCAAAUGCUCAAAGGAUGAUGUGAGAGUCCAUAUGCUAGCAGAACUGUUCAAGGCAAAUGGUAUACCCCAUGAGAAGCUCUACGUCCAUUGGCCCGGAUGUGCGGUGCACAGUUCGUCCGGGAUGGCGCCCGUCCCGAGCUCUCUGAUGCGGUCGGCCGUGGAGUCGUCGCCCGUGUCCCCAGGCCUGCUCGGUGCGCCACUGGAGCUGGCGGUGCACAGCUCGGUGGGGACGGCGCCGAUGCGGUCGCCAUGUGCUCCCGUGCAGUUGCCGGUCAUGGUGGCCUCAUCUCCGUUCCAGUCCGGUGGAAUGCCUGAGCUGCGGAACUCACCGCGGGUCACAGCUGCGACGCCACGGGACCCUUCGCCGCCUUUCCAGGACAUGGCGGAGGCCCCUGGAGCUGCUGGGCCUGAAUUGCAAGAGGCUGACCCUUCCGACUGUGCCGAGCCAAAGGUGCAGCCAUUGCAUGAAGUGGAACAGGAGGCUCCACUCCAUUGUGGUUCUGUCUCAGGGUGCGGGGCCAACUCUGUGCAUCCGGUUCUCAAGGGGGCUGCUGUGGUCACGCGUCGCAGUGCAAGGAUCGCGGCCAUGGCUGACGCGGACGACACGGUUCUUGACAAAGUGAUGCGCCGUGCCAAGCUGCGGGACCUCGAGUAGUACAGAUUUCCACGGCGAGAAAAUGAUACAUGUUGACGUGCAGAAAGCAGAGCAGUAAAUCCUAUAUGAUGAUUGCAGUAAUGCUUAUGUAGUUAAUAAGGAUCUAGUUGGCAAGAAACCGUGGUUUACAGUUUUCCACCAAGUACUGAUUGUGCUCGAUUGGCAGUGACAAACCUUUGUGCAACAUGGAAGACGGAACUUUUUAUGGCUA